AUGAAGAGGGAUAGCUCACUGUGGUCCCGGAGGUGGGGGCGGGGGUGGGGCGAAUUGGUCACGAUGCUGCAAGGAAAAAACGGCCCACUGUGCUUGGAGGGACUGAAUACUGGUGUCAUUGUUGGCGAGAUGGUGGUUGGAGAAGGGUGGUGGCUGGAGGUAGAUGGUGGAGGUCGCGGUGGCUGGAGAAGGUUGCGGUGGUUGUUGGCGGCGGUGGCUGGAUGCGGUGGUGUAGAUAGGGGGUGGCUGGUUGCGGUGGUGGAGAGAGGUGGUGGUUGCGGUGGUGGAGGUUGCUGGAGUUGCGGUGGUGGAGAGAGGUGGUGGUUGCGGUGGUGGAGGUGGCUGGAGUUGGGAGGCGGUGGCUGGAGUGGUGGUGGUGGAAGGAUGGUGAGAGGCUGA